AUGCAGACCAGGGACACCAAGAUGAGUGACCUACAGUCGGAAAAUGCGGAGCUGCGGCAGCUCCUGGUUGCGAUGAUGGAUGCUACAGCGAGUGCGGGAGGAGUCAGCGGUGACAAUGGGGCCACGGCAGGAACUGCACCGGGAACCUCUGUUGGACAGAGGGUGAUCUAUGGGCAGGAGGCCAGCGUCUCCAUGCUCCCCCGGGCCUACCAGUACCCCCUCGACGAGUUCCAGGUGAUCAUGGCGGGCAACCGGGGCAUACAACAGCUUCAGCAGCUUCAGCUCAAGAAGGACUUCCAGGAUCCCGAGCUGCUGAAGGGGAACAUCAUCCUGGAACUGGCGAAAAUGGCGUACUACAAGUUCCAGUCCGAGACGCCGUUGAAGCUGGAGAAGCGGGUGAUGGCCCUGCUUCUGGCUACCAUGAGCCAGUCCAUCAAGGCUGAGAUCACGAUGCUGAGGAUCGACAAGGUCAAGAACUGCCUCUUCAAGCUCUUCACAAUCUAUGCCCCAGGAGGUGCGAGUGAAAGGGCUAGUUUGAUCAAGCAGCUCGAGUACAUCCAGCCGCAGAGCAACAUCGUGGAGAUGAUCGCCUCGCUGCACAAAUGGAAGAAGUUGGUGGGCCGGGCAGCCGAGAUGGGUGACGUCAACUUCAAGCUGAACAUGGCUAAAAGUGAGCUAGGACUGCCCUACAAGCCGGCCUUGUCUGCGGUGCUCACGUACGCGGACCACGUCAUCGCGGAGCGCCAGCAGGUGAUUCCCUUCAGCAACCAGACUGUCAAGCUGAAGGGUGCCAAUGUGGAUCCGGGAUCGCCGUCAUCCUCGGCGUCACCUACUGGGAAGGGGCAAGGGCAGAAGCAACAGCCCCCAUGCAAGUUCUGGUCCACGGAUGAAGGAUGCCGCCGCGGAGCCAACUGCAAGUUUACCCAUGCUUUUGCCAACAAGGAAGAUAAGAAGGCCCGGCGUUGGACAUGCGGAGCUACAACCCACAGGCAAGCUGAUUGUCCGACGAAGAGUGGGGGAAAGCGCGGAGGCAAGGGCGGGAGUGAGAAACGGUCCCAAGGUCCCCACGCCGUCUACAUCAGCUACGUCAACGCUGGAGCACCCUUUGAGGGCAGCGGUGUCUACGGCAACCUCGACCUCGGACAGAUGAAAGCCCGACAACGUGGCUGGACCACUUGGAGGAGUAUGUGGGCCACUGGUGAGCGGGCAAGCCUACGGCGAAUGCUCAUGGAUGAUGAGGCACCCGUCAAGGCGACAACGGAGACCGAGGUAGCGUCCCUGGUGGGAGUAGACGAGAAGAUCCUGUUGUCAGAUGAGGCGGGCGCCUACUACCUGAAGUCUCUCCCCUACAACCGGGCCAUGCGCAAGCGACUGUUGAGGACGAGGUGGAUAGUCCAUUUGUACAAUGGUGAUGAGCGAGGAGCAGAAUUCACCCAUGCGGAGUCCGACGACGUCACGGUGGCGCGAAUGGACAUUAGGGGGUCCAAGAUCUUCGAUCUUCGAACGUACGGGCCCGCAGCGCGGGCUCUUCUAUCGGCAGCGGCCCGGGGACAAAUCGAAGGCGUACUUGGCGGCCCACCUCGGGGCUCAGAGCAUGGGACGAUGUUGUUCAAGAGGUUGAUGCUGACGUGGCUGGUGGCCAACUCUGGCGCGGUCCGGAACGCUCUGUGUGCUCCUCACUUUACGAUGGAGGCCCCGACCUGGCACCCAAUCUGGACGAGCAGUGCCUGGCCGAGCUUUCGGGACGAGCUUCGCUUUAUGAAGUACCACUCUGUGGCGGUACAAGGCAACAUGUACUUCUUGGCUUCAAGCUUGGAGGUGUCCCAGGGGAUGGACAUCGAGGAGGCGGCAAUCAUUUCUCUCAACUAUGGCACCCCGGAUUCCUCAUGGCCCACAGCUCUGAAGGCAGGAUUGGCCCAGUCAAUGCUGAACUGGCGUCCAAACGACCUACAGCGACAUGAAGUCACGCUUUGCAAGGUUGUGGGAUCACGGGAUCUCAAUGCCAAGGAUUUGGCCUACUGGCAGACGCACAUCAAGAACAACCACGUUCCCUACGACAAGAGGUACCUCCUGGUCGGGGCCUACUGCCAUCCUAAGCUCGAUCUACCACGUGACGUGAAGCUCCCUCCGGUUGAGGAGGAGGAGAUUGUUGAGCCCGGGCUGGACCCUUUCGAGGAGGAGGAUAAGGAGCCUCGCCCGGAGGAAGCGGAUGAUGAGGAACAGAAGGCGAUGAACGAGCGCUACAAGGAGAUCUACAAGGACAUUGGCGAUGACAUUGAGUGUCAAACACUGCAUUUCUGGCUACGAGGCCUCGAACUCAAGGCCAAGGAGAUGGCUGACCGUGACAUCCUCGCCACAACUGGUGAGAGUCAGCAGCCGCAACAGAAUGGACGAGCCGAAGCGCUGGUACGGGAUAUCAAGCGCAGAGUGAAGGUUCUUCUAAGGGCAGCUCACUUGCCAGCAUCCUGCUGGCCCUUGGCGGCAGAGUUUGCGGCCCGAAGACAGCGAGACCUCGCUUUGGGAAACUACGAGGACAAGGACCUCUCCUUUGGUGCUCCCACCCACGUGAAGCACAAGCAGUUUGGCCAGGAUGGCCGGUACGAUUUACUCGAACGCUGGCGUGAGGGAGUCUUUGUGGGAUACUCCAACGAUGUGAAGGGUGGAAGAGUAGUCCGUCAUGAGGAUGGGACCUACACGACUUCGGUCCACAUCAAGCCCUACCUGUUCGAUCCUGGUGAUCUGGUGGAGUUUGGGCCCUACGAAAUGGAACUACCAGUGCCUGAACGCCGAGUUCGAGGGAAGGCCACAUUGGCGCAGCUUCUACGGGAACCCGACAACGAUAUCGACAGGCUCGCCAAGGACCUCCUGGACCACCAGAAGUUCACCUUGGAAGAUGUGGUUGGAUUGUGGAGUGUUCUACGAACGAAGGCGAGGCCAACAUCAAGGACGAGUCAGGGCGAAGGACUUCAAUGGUUGGUAGGCCAGUACACAUACGGGAGCCAAUGUGGAGUUGUGCGGGACACGGACCUCUAUCUGGUUGCGACUACGUACUUGGUACAGGCUUUCAAGAAGUUGACAGGCCGUGGUGAUUUCACCUCACUGUUGAUCACGGAGGACUACGACUACGCCGAUGAGUGGAAGGAACUUCCUAAGGGUGGAUGGAUGACCCAAUCGACCUACGACAUCCUCUGCAACUACGGUUUCCAACCUCCUCCACUACCACCACAGGUUCCAGACGAGCUCCAAAGGGCUGUCCUGAAGAUGAUGACUAUGGGCGAUCAAAGGGAGCCGGAUGCUGUGAUGUUUCUUGUCAAUGAGGUUGAGGAGGAGAAGCGCGAAAGGGCACGGGAUGUAAGUCGAGAACUAUGCCAACUACAAGAUGAUGUUCUCACGAGACUGCGCGAGAGGCAGGAAUGGUUGAAGGAGUUCCUGGCCGAGGAGGAGAUCCUGGCCGAGGAGCUACAGGUUGUCGGGGAGGCAAUCAACGAGGAAAUUGAGGGCAUCAAUGGCGCGGUCCGAGAUCUACUUCAAGAUGUGGAGGAGAAGAUCAAGCUCACGGAGGAGAAGUGCCACUCCCUCUACCUCAAGGUUGCCAACGUCACGGAUGAAACCAACAUUGGUGAUAUUGAGGUGAAGGCGAAUUUGGACAAGUGGGUCGAGCCGAUGAGUAAGGAGCUGUCCAACCUCGAGGAGAAGACAAGCGCCAUAGAGCGGAAGACUAUCCACGAGGCCCGUCAGAUGGAACGGGAUGGUCUUCUUGUGUUGAUACCUGGCAAGGUGGUGUUCACGGUGAAGCCACCGCCACCCCUCACUGAGGCCGAACAAAACAAGUCCAGGACACCGCGAUGGAAACGUAAGGCCAGGGUCGCUAUUUGUGGCAAUAUGGCUCACCAGAAGCAUGACCCCAACGACCUUUUUGCUGCCGGGGCAAGUGUGGAAGGCUUGCGCCUUGGUUUGGCCCUGGCAUCAGCGAGGCUGUGGAUUGCAGCGGCUACGGACGUGAGCGCGGCAUUUCUACAGGCUUUGUGGCCGGAGGGACGACCAACCUAUGGCGUAUUGCCACCUAAGGCCUUAGUCCAAGCAGGCUUGGUCUCGGCGAAUGUCGUGUUCAUCGUGAAGAAGGCUCUGUACGGGUUGAGAGAGAGCCCGGCUUUGUGGUCGGCCCACAGAACCAACACCCUGAAAAGGAUCAAGGUGAAGUGUGGCGAUGGUUUCAUGUGGCUGAAGCAGCUGGCGACGGAUGGCGAGUUGUGGAUGGUGUUGUGGACUCCCACCGGGGGCAAAGCGCAGUUGGUGGGACUUUUGGUGACCUACGUUUUGUAUCUCAAGGAUACAAUCCUCCGACUACACGAGGUGAUCGGUGCUACAUGGCCCUGCUCGCCUUUGGAGUUCGCAACGGAGGGCUUGCGCUAUCUUGGGAUGGAAUUGUUUCAGGAGGAGGCGGUGAUCACCUUGGGUCAGGAAGCCUACAUCUCCAACCUUGUUCGGUUGCAUAACUUGGACUCCGAGGUGUCGGCUGGUUUGCCAUGUCCCCGUGAAUGGAUUCAAGAUGAUGAUGACGAUGGGGACGACGUGGCCGAGAACUACAGCGAUGACGAGCUAAGAAAAGCUCAGAAGAUCACAGGCAAGCAACCGAUGGUGGCAAUGUCUGUGUGCGAGGCAGAACUAAUGGAAGGUUCCAAUUGUGCGUUGCUUUUGGAGUCUGCGCAGGCGAUGCUACAGGAGGUCCUACCAACUACAGCGGUCCCCGUUCUCAACGUCGACAACCAGGCCGCAUGUAAUAUCCUGACGGGAUCUGUUGGGAGCUGGAGGACCCGGCAUUUGCGCGUUCGUCAUGUUUAUGUGCUGGACAGAGUGAGUAAUGGUUGCCUGACGAUCCAGCAUUUGGCUGGGGAAGAUCAACCUGCAGACUUGCCUACGAAGUUACACUCCAGAGCACGACUGCUGCACCUCCUGGGAACAUGGGGCAUGGUGGGAUUACCGGGCCUUGACAAGGCGAAGGUCCUGAAAGGGCUAAAGUUGGGCUGUAUGUUCCUCCUGCUCCUGGCUAUUCAAUCUUUGGCGGUGUCAGCUGCGAAGGACCCUUUACCGAUGACGGGGACGACGGAGUUGUUCCUAAUGGUGGUCCUGACUUGUAUUUCCACAGUUGCUCUCUGGGAAACUGGAAGGGCACUUGGCAAGUGGCUUCUACCGAUCUGUUGCGAGACAAGGAAGAUGACGAAGAUUCGCAAGCUCAAGGAGCUUGCUCGAGUCGCGGCGGAAGCGGAGGGAGCGUGUCGCACGGGGAUCGACGAGUUCUACUUCAUCAAUAAGGAGACCGUCGACAGCGAGGCCCAGAUCACCAUCGACAACGAGGCCCAGAUCACCGUCGACAACGAGACCCAGAUCACCGUCACCAACGAGGCUCAGAUCACUGUCAAUGAUGAGGCGCAGAUCAGUGUCACCAAUGAGAAGGGGUAUGACGUCUCCCGUAACAACACCUCCAAGGCCUACGGCACCGAUGAAUGCAAGUGGCACAAGGACCAGCAUUUUUGGGAAGGUUCGACCUCCUACACUUCCGGUGCAACAUGCGACACCGAGGAUCCCACCUAG